AUGCAUAAAAAUGAGAAAAAUAUUUAUCAUUCAAAUCGAACAUUAUUUUUAUUUACAAAAGUUUUUGGUGCAGCGCCUUAUCAAAUUAACAAGGAAUCUUUAAAAAUUGAGAUGAAAGUUAUCAAUCAUAUAUUUUUCGUGUUAUCGAUAUCUGCGUGGGUGGUUGUUGGCAUUUACAGAACGAAUGUAUAUUUACAAGUAUACGAAGAAGCUAAGGAAACCAACUCUCUUGCGUCGGAUCAACUUUGGGAAAUAACAUUAACCAUUCAAGCUAUUAUGUUACCCUUUUUGGUUGCAUUUAAUGUCUCAAAACGUCAACACAUUGAAAAUCUUAUGAUAUCAUUAAAGUCGUUUGAUGAUUGUUUGAAGUCACUUAAAUGGAGAUUUCAAAUCUUCCAUGGAAGAAACUAUUGGAUUCCUUCAAUACUCAUCAUUCCAAACUUAAUUUAUUUGAUCAGUUUCGAAAUCGGUCCUCACAUUUAUUAUCAUAAAGACAGUGAAGAAAGAUCUUGGUUUGUUUUAAUUUGUGACAUGAUUUCAUACUUAACAAGUAUGGAGUUGUGGUUGAUAUUUUAUUUACAAUUCGUUGUAAGUGUUUGGUGUAUCAACACUCGUUUUGAUGCGUUGCUUAAGAACUUCAGAUUUAUCUUACGCUAUGACUUUUGUGUGAAGGAAUUUCUUAAUCUUGGUUCCACUUACAACAAAGACACUUUAAAUAAAAUUUCGCUAUUGUACGACAUUCUUGCUGAUAUUGUUGAAGAAGUGAAUUCAAUCUUUACGAAACAGUUGAUUCCCAUUUUUCUGAUUGCAUUGUUGAUGGAAACGGGCACAAUCCAUUUAAUUAUAGAGUUGACACGUGGUGAUGUUGAAGAACCAAUUAAAUGGAUAUUAAUCAAUUCCUUUUACUGGUUUGUAUUCCUGAUUGCACCAUCUCUGGUGUCAAUUUAUGUUGCCGAUGGAUCAUCAAACAAAAGAUCAGAAUUGUCAAACUUAGUUGAGAAUGUUUCCAACUCUUGUGAUGAUGAAGAUAUUUUUCAAGAAAUUUUAUCAUUGAAAGUUAAAAUAUCCAAUCGACCAGUGAUUUUCACUUGCGGGCUUUUUGACAUCAACGGAGAGUUGGCGUUAUCAAUUUUCGGAACAAUUGCUUCAUAUUUGAUUAUAAUUAUCCAGUUCGAGCAACCUGCCGUAGCGUAA